UCAGAAGAUGUUCAAAAUGAAGGCCGUCUGCUGUCACAACUGACGCUCCAGUGCGCUGAACAGAACCGUCGGUCCUCAACUGGUAACAUACGAAUGGCACAGGGAAAACACCAAAUUGACAUUCAGGUUUUGCAGGACCUGCGCCAAAAAUUCCCCGAAGUUCCAGAGGGUGUCGUUUCCCAGUGUGUUCUGCAGAAUAACAACAACUUAGACGCCUGCUGUGAAUACUUGUCCCAGGUCAGCCCGGGCUACCUUUACAGUGAAGAAGGAAACCUCGGUUUUUGCGACGACCCCAGCAUCAGCCGGCUCCACAAUCACAUGACCCAGCUGAACCUGGAUUUGCAGUCUCAGCAUGUGCAUGCGGCCCCAGCUCGGGACGGCCUGAGAAUGAACGGCAGUCGGACUCUGGCCCAUAGCAUGAGUGACGGGCCCCUCCAGACCGGCCAGGCUACCAACAGCGACUUCUUUCAGCAGGAGCCCCAGUCCGCCCCCGUGCAGGUUCCCUCCGCGCUCAAUGUGUUUGGAGUAAUGGAGCCCUCGCGCAAGCCUCAGCCCCCGCAGCACCUCGGACUUUACCCGCUCGGGGUGAAGGGAACCACCAUGGCCCCCCAGCAGGCGCCGCGAUUCAACCCAAUCACCGUGACUUUAGCCCCCAACCUUCAGACGGGCCGCAACACGCCCACCUCCUUGCACAUACACGGCGGACCACAGUCGGGCCUCAGCAGUCCUCAGGGCAACUCCAUCUACAUUCGUCCCUACGUCAGCCAGUCUGGUACGAGCCGGCAGAGCCAGCCGCCCGGGAGCAGGGCGCAGUACAGCCCCACUUCUCAGCCCCAGCAGCAGAUCUACCAGAUCUCACACCCGUCCUCCUUAUCUGGCUCGUGGUGUGUCCCCCCGCACCCGUCCUCCUCGCAUACCUCACAGACCUCUCACGUCUACAUGCCAAUCAGCUCCCCCACAAACCCACAGGCACCCUCCAUUCCUAAUACUGGAAGCCAGGCUUCAUCCUCUGGUGUCUCUUCUUGCUCUCCGUCAUCUUCCUCCUCCUCCUCCUCCGUCGCACCCGGCUCUCUGUCCACCAUCAGCCAGUACAACAUCCAGAACAUCUCCACUGGCCCGCGGAAGAAUCAGAUCGAGAUCAAACUUGAAUCUCCUCAAAGGAGCAAUUCCACCGCCGUGUUGCGAACGAGCAGCGGGCCCCGCUCGUCCUCCACCUCCUCCUCCUGCCCCUCCACCUCCUCCUCUUCUUCAUCUGGAGUGGCCACCGUCCCCACCACCCCCCUGUCCAUCGGAGGUCCGGGUCUGAGCCGCAGCCAGCCCACUGUAUUCAUCUCUGCCAGUCCCCCCACUGCUGCUAGCGCUCCCCCUGAGGAGCCCGUCCUGGCCUCGGCCGGCUCCCGCUCCCAGCCCAAGUACUGCGGGGCCAGAAACACAGUCUACAUCUCAGCAAAUGCCCCCUUACAAGGGCCCCCGGGGGCCAGGAACGUGGGGGGCCAAGUGAGCAUGGGCCCCGCCUACAUCCACCACCACCCCCCCAAGUCUCGCGCCUCCAUGGCAACCGGUGGGACGGCGUCCUCCCCCCGGGUGGUGGUGACUCAGCCCAACACCAAAUACACAUUUAAAAUUACAGUGUCUCCUAAUAAACCUCCAGCCGUGUCCCCCGGAGUCGUAUCGCCAACGUUUGAGCCCAACAACCUCCUCAGCUUACCCUCAGACCACCACUUUGUGGAGCCAGAGCCCCUGCACCUCUCAGACCCACUGUCGCCACACAAGGAGAGGCCCACGUUGUUGGUGCAUCAGAAAGCUCGAAUGGAGAGGCUGUGGCAUGAGUUGGAGUUAAAGAAGAAGAAGUUGGAGAAGCUAAAAGAGGAGGUGAAUGAAAUGGAGAAUGACCUGACCAGGAGAAGACUGGAGAGAUCCAACUCAGCCUCCCAAAUCCCCUCAAUUGAGGAAAUGAAGCAGUUACGAUGCAAGAACAGGUCACUGCAGAUCAACAUCGACUGCCUCAGCAAAGAAAUCGAUCUCCUUCAGACCAACGGACCACACUUAAACCCCAGCGUAAUCCACAACUUUUAUGACAACAUUGGAUUCCUUGGUCCCAUCCCACCCAAACCCAAAGGUACUUUAUCUAUUGACUCGGGCAGUAAGACUGUGAAGCCGGCGGUGGACCAGGAGGAGGACGAGGGAACCCAGUGGAGCUGCACCGCCUGCACCUUCCUCAACCACCCCGCCCUCAACCGCUGUGAACAGUGUGAAUUCCCCCGCCACUUC